AAUGAAGAGAGAGACAGAGAGAGCAUUUCGUUGUGUCAGGAAACUCCUUUUAUGUCUCUGUUUUUCUCUCUCAAUUUUCUUUCCAGUUUCUCCGAAAAUUACAGAAAACAGAGAGAUUUUCAUGGUAAUUCGAUGUGAUUUAGUAGCUAAAAUGUUGAACUCGCUCUUCUGUUAGAAGAUCUGGAGCUCGCGAUUGAUAGUCUAGAGGUUUAUACAUUUGAAGUGGUGUGCUUGCGACGAUUGGUUUGAAGAUGAGAGAUACAUUUAAAUAGGUUCGAAGGGAUUUCGAGAAGGAUUUGAAGUGGAUUUGGCUUUGAUUUCUCUACUUCUUCGUGAAGAUUUGUUUGUUUCACUUCCAUAUUACAGAGAAAAGGCUUGUUCAGAGGUACAUUUCCAGGAGAUGUUGAAGCAGUUUUUAGAUGACAUCUGAACUAGGAGAUCAGUUUCUGGGUUUGUGAGAUCGGAAUCGAAUAUGAAUCCCGACGAUUCAAGCUUUGAAAUGUUCUCGAUUUCUUAGAAAUCAGCUUAUCAAUUUGAAUAUUCAUAAUCUCAAGACCCAAAAAAUCGAAGCUUCCUCUGAAUUCACUUUUUAAAUCUGCUAUCAAUUUCGCAAUAUUCCUUUAAUUCAUUCACGCUGUUGUGAAGACAAAUCCAAGUAUAAAAAGUUUCAGAGAAUUUGGAAUCAGUUAUUUUGAAGAAGGUUAAUAUCUGAAUGACCUUGUCAUGUUUCUUCAGCACUUUCAUGACCCGAUGGUUUUUGCUUUCGAUUCUCUGUGCCCUGCAGUGCUCCGAAACAAUCGGUUCUGUGUUUUGUAAUUCGGUUGAGACAAACAGAGAUCAUCUUUUUCUUCAAGCAAGUUGAAGCUUUCAGGUGUACCAGAGAGAGAGAGACAAGAAGUGAUGGAGAAGAAUAGUAUUAACAACCACCAACACCAACACCGCAAUCGAGAGAGAAUCGGAGUGCUGGGUCAAGUUGGCGAUCAUCAUGAUGAUGGGUUGUUGAGAACAACAACAACAACACAGACGCCUGAGACGCGAUCGUCGGACUUUGUGUUGCAGUGGGGGAAUCGGAAACGGCUCAGGUGUAUGAAAAUCCAGGUCAAGGUUAACAACACCACCGACUCAUCUUCCGCUGCCGUACCGGUCCAUCGAACCACGGUUCGAGUCGACCGCCGGGUCAUCAGAUCCGAUACAAACAACAACAAUAAUAGAGAAACUAGUUCAAAUCACCCAUCCACCACCGCCAGCAACGGUUAUUUGAAUCUCCGGCAACGUCCUCCGUCCCCUUCUCAUCGCAUUCUCAGGAAUUCAGAGAGUUUGAUAGCCAUGAAGGGACAGAGCAACGGGGUGAAGGGGGUAACAUCUCCGGACAGAGGGGGUGCGCAGGAUAAGAUGGGUAGUGUGCUUCAUAAUAAUAGUAAUAAUAAUAUUACUGUCGCUACCACCACCACUACCAAUAACAAUAAUAAUAAUAAUAAUAAUAAUAAUAAUAAUAAUACUAAUGAUAAUGGUGGUCGUGGUGGUGGUAGUGGGGUUUGGGAGGGGGCGCAGGAUAGCAAGAAGGGAGGGAAUUCGUCGGGGAGUGAUGGGAUGCCGGUGGUGUGGCCGCCGAAGUUUGUGAUCGGACUAACAAACAAGGAGAAAGAGGAGGAUUUCUUUGCAUUCAAGGGUUCUAAGCUUCCUCAGAGACCCAAGAAGCGUGCCAAAUUCAUUCAACGCACCCUCAAUUUGGUAAGCCCAGGAGCGUGGUUAUGUGAUCUAACUUUAGAACGAUAUGAAGUUAGGGAGAAAAAGAUCUCCAAAAAGCGACCAAGAGGGCUAAGAGCUAUGGGGAACAGCAUGGAGUCGGACUCAGAAUAGAAGAGAGAGAGAGAGAGAGAGAGAGAUAGAGAGAGCUUGUGGGACAAGACAACAAUGGGUCAUUGUGUUGUUGAGUGAGUGUUUUGUUGUCUGCAAGAAAGGUGAGCUGAAUAUAACAAUUGAGGAGGAUGAUGAUCGAAGUGUAGUUAUUUUUGACGGAUAUGUGAUAAUAUUUAGCAUUGAAAUAUGUAUUUUAGUCACCUUCCAUCUUUAGAAAAAAUUAGAGUAAAUUACACUUUAUUUUUAUUUUUA